AUGGUGAGGGCCUCAGGGCUUCAGGGUGCUGCGCAGCAUAAACUCGAGAUCUCGAUCUCGCACAUCGGCAAGGUCCCACCGCCAAGCCAAUGGCCCUUCGCCUACGAGAUGUUGUUGAUCUGCGGCUCCGCUUUUGUGGCCAGUUGGACGGUGGGAGCCCUGCCCUCGGAAGCUUCCAGAGAGCGUGAGCUUCGUGCCCAUGCAGUCGUUCCCCGAGUCAUUCCUCUUUCCAAGGCAUGCUUGCCGAUGCUUGCGGAGCUGGCCCCAUGGGGCAGAAAAAGUGGCAUCCUGGCGUGGCAGGGAGCCCUCGAAGGGGCUUUCGGCUGCAUGCUCACGUCCUCAAUGGAAGUCACUGGCCUGCAUGUUUAG